AUGAAAGAUGAGGGCUUGGUUUACACGCUUCUCAUGUGUCUUUCCCUCGCCGAAGUGCGAAAGCUUUGGAACUUGCGGAAGAUGUUUGUCAGAGUGUUGAAUGACAAGGUUGUUCCCUUGCUCGCCCUACACGAAAGGGAGUGGAGCACAGUCCGGUAUUUUCUAGACUCCGGUCGCAGUGGCUUCCAGUACAAUCUUGACCGGGUCUUCGUGGAGGCCUGCUGUGAACUACAGCCUUGCAGCAACGCAGGUCAGCCCCACCAGCAGUCACCAGCCAGCGAUGCAAGUGCCUUCAAGGCUGUUCUCCACACAGACUUCGAGGGCCUGCGGCUUCUGGCACAAAGGAGAUAUAGUUUCGGCAGUGUACGUGGGGACCGCCGUUUGAAGGCCUUUGUGCAGGAGGCACUACAAAAAGCGCAUGUAGAAAGGCUGUCGCUCCUCCGUGUCCUGAGCUAUGAUAUUUCAGAGGACAUCGAGGAGUGCCGCUCACGUGGAGAUCUUGCGCAGCUUUUGAGCGAGGGGUCGAUCACUGUCGAUUUCCUCGGCUCCCGGGUGUCCUUCCGCUUCCCGCUGAUGGACCUAGCAACCACUGCAUAUGCGGAAGUUCAGAUGACCGACUUAUGCCGACACCGGGAGACUCUGUACAAAGUUCCUUUCAUCCUUUGUGCCUUCAUCAAGGCAGGGGCGAGCAUGAGCUCAUUUCUCCGAGUUGAGAGCUGUGGGUACUUGUUGCUGCUGGCGCUGGCAGCUGAAUCGUUUAACUUUGUGUACUUGCUGGUCCAGGAGGCUAUCACUUUGGAGGCCGUGCUGCAGCAGUACGAGCCAUAUUUGCUCCAGAUGCUUCGACAGGCGAUGCCGCACCGACCUGGAGUGCUAGAUUUGCUUGGCUUCUGUGGAUUUCAGCUGAAGUCUGAGGACCAAGAGCAGUUCGACGCCUCCGUCCUGGGGUGCGUCCUGCAACAGGACUUUCCGAAUGUCGAGCGGAUUUCCAAGCUUGGCUUUGACCUACUGAAGUUCGCCAGACGACAGCAGGCAAAUGGGGUUGAGAGUGGCUCAAUGCAGCCUGAGGAGGAUUCUGGAGAGGCCAAGCGCCCGCAGCUGGCAAUACGAAAGUUUGCCAGCAUCGACAGGCGAGUGCUGGAUCUUCAUUUUCAGAGCCAUCAGUUUCUGGAGUUUGCCGAUGACCUGAUGGGGCGCAAGGCUUUUGUACAGAUGCGCCGCAUGGUGGAGGUCCAUCCGGAGGCCUUCGGACCUUACUUUCAGAAGCACUACCAAGCGAUCGAGGAUCUGCUGAUGGAUGCCUUCUGCCGGAGGCAGAUCUCCUUGAUUGUCGAUCUUGCAUCCUUGCAUCUUCCACUUACCCAGUUCUUGGAGCAGCACCAGGCCCAGCUGGACGCCGUACUCCACAAAGCCUGGUUUGCUACAAAGGCAUGGACAGAGCUAGUGAUGCUCCAUUCUGAGGUCGCCGAGUUUCGCUUCAAGUCCUUCUUUCUGAGGAUGCAGGUGGAAACGGACGCCGCGGUUCUGAAGAUCAUCCAAGACGGAUACUGGUUUGAUCUUCACAAUCUCGCACAGUUGGAUUACGACUUCCAGGACUUUUUUCACCGUCGUUUUGCGGAAGUGUCCUCUGCAGUUCUGCAGUUCAUGACCAUGCCGCACCCCCAUUUUGUCCUGCUGCGGGAGCUGUCGUCUCUGGACUUUCCUUGGGAGCGCUUCAUGGAGGAACAUGCAGCCUGCAUUCUGCGCUCGAAGGACCAGGACUAUCUUCAGUUUCUGAUCUCUCUGGGCAGCUUCGAGGUUGGUUCGAAGGUCUACAGAGUGGUGGAGCAGACAUGCAAGCUGUACCACUCCAUGGCCAACACCAUGUUCAACUCUUCUACGGCAUGGCCAUCUGCUGCGCCAAGGGAGGAGGUGCUCCAGGCUCCAUCGGCUCCGGCUGUUCCGUCGACUCCACUGGUUGCCAAGGCCAGCGAGUCCGGCUACGUUGCUGGCUUGGCCGGCACCGCUGAUGGCUCGGGGGCUGAUGGCUCGGGCGCUGCUAGCAGCUGCCCGGCUGGGUGUGACGCUGUUUCGAGCUCUGCGCCGCCUGUGCCCGGAACGCCAACUUUUCAAGUUGCUGCUGACGCGAUCUUGGACGAGGGCAUUGCGUCUGAGGGGCCAUCUGGUCCAAAGGCCAACUCAGCGCCUGAGCGUGCCAAGGAGCUGGCUAGGCUGGCGUGCGAGAGGAAAGUGGAUGCCAAGAAGGUCAUGGCGCUGCUGAUCUGUCGCGGCAUGUACUGCUGGAACCCUCUCAAGGUGAUCAUGGACGAUGCUGAUGCCAAGGAUGUCAGAUCAUGGUCACAGAUUGAGAGUGUCCUGAGCUUCCUAGAUGCCAAGGAUGAGGGGCCUGGACCAAUGCUGAGUCUGCAGGCAGCACAAGGCCUACAAGCAGCUGGGGCAGCCCAGCUACACCCAACGCAGCCAACGCAGCCACCAGCAAACGCAGCCGCAAACCCGCAGCCACAGCUGCAGACUUUGGCGCAGCUGCAAUCUCUGUUGCAAUUCCAGCAGAUCUACCAAGCAUCGCCGUGGCAACAGCAGCAGAUGGUGAUCCAGAUCGUUUGCCUCACGCAGAGAGCAGAGGAACAUGUCUUUGACAAGAAGAUCGAGUUCUUUUGGCGUGGCAUUCUGGACAGUGUGCUACCCUUGGAGAGGAGGCCUGACUAG